UUCUUGCCCUCAUGCGUUUCCCGCCACUGUGAUUGUCUGCCCCACCCCUGGUCCAGCGACGACCCGAGGAGUCUCUCUGCUCUCAGUCGUCUCUCGGCUGAACAUGGACCUGACCAGGGUUCUGCUCUUCGCCGCGGUCACCGCCUGCACGGUGACAGUUUCUCAUCAAGGGGCAAACCAGCGCAGGCUGUACAGCGACCUGAUGACUGGCUACAAUCCACUGGAGAGACCAGUUGCCAAUGACUCUCACUCACUCACUGUUCACUUUGGCUUCAGCCUCAUGCAGAUCAUGGAUGUGGAUGAGAAGAACCAGGUUUUAACAACCAACAUUUGGCUACAAAUGUACUGGACUGAUUAUCACCUCCAGUGGAACCCAUCGGAUUAUCCAGGUGUGACCAAUGUGAGAUUUCCCGACCAUCUCAUUUGGAAGCCAGACAUUCUGCUCUAUAACAGUGCAGAUGAAAGAUUUGAUGCUACGUUCCACACCAACAUUUUGGUCAACUCUUCGGGCACCUGUUCCUACUUGCCUCCAGGGAUCUUCAAAAGCACUUGCUACAUCGAUGUGCGCUGGUUCCCUUUCGAUGUCCAGAGAUGUGAGCUGAAGUUUGGCUCCUGGACAUAUGGGGGCUGGUCUCUGGACUUAAAGAUGUUGGAGGCAGAUAUCACCGGCUACAUCGCUAACGGAGAGUGGGAUCUUGUUGAGGUCCCAGGACGGAAGAACGAGCGUUUCUAUGACUGCUGUGAGGAGCCGUACCCUGAUGUCACCUUCACCGUGGUGAUGCGGAGACGGACCCUCUACUAUGGCCUCAAUCUGCUCAUCCCGUGUGUCCUGAUCUCAACUCUGGCCCUGCUCGUCUUCCUUCUGCCCGCUGACUCUGGGGAGAAGAUCUCACUGGGCAUUACAGUCCUACUCUCCCUGACUGUCUUCAUGCUGCUAGUUGCAGAGAUCAUGCCUGCCACAUCCGACUCGGUGCCUUUGAUAGCCGAGUACUUUGCCACUACCAUGGUCAUUGUCGGUCUCUCAGUAAUUGCCACAGUUCUGGUCUUACAAUAUCACCACCAUGACCCUGACGGAGGCAAGAUGCCGAAGUGGACCCGUGUGAUCCUGCUGAACUGGUGCGCCUGGUUCCUGCGCAUGAAGCGCCCAGGUGAGGAGCGAGUGCGUUCAGCCUGUCACAAUAAAGCUCCGCGGAGCAGCCUGACCAGCGUGGACCUCAAUGCCGGCGCCUCGGCCUCCCAAUCCGCCAACGGCAACGCGCUCUAUGUUGGCGUCCGCGGCCUGGAGAGCAUCCACUACUCCACGGCUGCCACCUCGCCUGACUCCGGGGUCCUGUGUGGACGGCUGGCUGGACGAGCAGGCGAGGAUGAGAUUCUCCUCCCCACAGUUCAGAACUCCUCGGCGGGGAAUGUGGAACCAGAGCUAGCCAAGAUCUUGGACGAGGUGCGCUAUAUUGCCAAACGCUUCCGUGACCAAGACGAGGAUGAAUCCGUGUGCAACGAGUGGAAAUUUGCUGCGUCUGUUAUCGACAGGCUUUGUCUCAUGGCUUUCUCACUCUUCACUAUCCUCUGCACCAUUGGGAUCCUCAUGUCAGCGCCCAACUUUGUAGAUGCCAUUUCCAAAGACUUUUUCACUUGAGGACUUUAUCAGGAAAUACAGACGGGUGACAAAAUAAAGGAAAAAACCAACAUUAAGUGUCUUAAGGUCUCGGGCCAACACAAGCCGCCAGAACAGCUCCAGUGCUCCUUGGCAUUGAUUCAAGUCUCUGUACCUCUACUGGAGGGAUGGACACCAUUACUUCCAAAAGAUAUUCCCUCGUUUGGUGGUGGAGAGUUCUGUCUAACACGUCGGUCCAAAAUCUCCCACAGGUGUUCAGUUGGGCUGAGCUCUGGUGACUGCGAAAGGCCAAAGAAUAUGAUUCACAUCAUUAAAUUUAAUACUCUUCAAACCAGUCAGUGACCCCUCGCGCCCUACGGACGGGGGCUCCGCCAUCCCGUUUCCCCACUCAUUUUUUCAGGUUUUUCCUUUAAUUUGUCACCCGUCUGU